AACCGUUACUUCGACGUCGCCUGCUGGGACAGAUCUCGAGUGAAGAUUACGCCUAAAGAAGCUGAUACUGACUACAUACAUGCUAAUUAUGUUGAUCAUUGUGGAAGACCAAACAAGUAUGUGGCGACUCAGGGACCUCUGAAAGAAACAGUUAAUCAAUUUUGGCAGAUGGUCUGGGAGCAGAAUUCUCGGAUUAUUGUCAUGCUAACGAAACUCCAAGAAAAUGGGAAAGAAAAAUGUGCUCAAUACUGGACUGCAUUUGGUAGCAAACAAGAUAUUUUUGUAACCAAUGAGUUUUCAAUCAAAACAUUGGAAGAGACCAAAAACAAUUCCGGAUACACUAGGUCACUAUUUGAAGUUUUCAAUUCCACUACCGAAGAAAGCAGACUGAUACUACAUUAUCAAUAUGUAGAUUGGCCAGAGUAUGGAGCACCUACCAACACCAAAUCGUUUACAAACCUUAUUUGGGAUGUAAAUGACCAAUAUCGGAGCACUUUAAUCAACGAAGUGAAUAGACUAACACCUGGACCUAUUAUUGUUCACUGUAGUGCUGGAGUCGGAAGAACAGGAACUUUUUGCGCUAUAGACUCUUGUAUCUAUCAACUAGCAAAGACUAAAGAAGUCUCAGUACCGAAAAUUGUAAUGCAGAUACGCGAACAGCGGCACGGAGCUGUUAUAGCUGUAGAACAAUAUGUAUUUAUUUACUCUGUGUUACAUGAGUUUUUGCAGUUAUUUGAUAUGUCCGCUGAAAUGAGACAAUUCUUUUGUGAGCCUUGACUGAUGUACUUUACACGUUUGUAUUAAUUGUUUCAUAAAGUUUAGAAAGUAAUUAAAUUAUUAAGUGUGACUCUGAAAUAAAAACUGGUCCAAUAUUGUACUUAGAAGUAAUAUGAUAAUUGUAAUUAGAAUUUAAGUUUUAAAUGAUUAAAAUUUUUUACAUUUUAUUUGAUAGUUUAAAUAAUUUUUACCCAAAUCAGUAUUUAGAUUGACACUUGUAGAUUUGAUGACUGUAUGAAUUUUGCGUGGGCAGAAAACGGAUGCUAUUUGGUUAACCAUUAUCUAAAGUUCUUAUCAACGAACACUGAGGGAAACCAUCCCGUAACUAUGAUUCAGAAUGAGUACUUCUGAUAGGAAUUAUCGCUGUAAUUUUCUCGAAAUAAAAUGAUGCGCAUGCCUCUCGUUUUUAUUUCGAACUAUCACCUUGGCAACCAAAUAAAAAGAAUACUCAUAUUGUAUUGUCAUUCUCAUGCAAAAAAUAGAUCAAAGAUGGCCUAAAUUCUGAACUUUUCAUUGUUAAGCCGAUCUCACUACCAGAUAAGGGUCGUAUAAAAAGAAAAUUAUGUAACAGUUUUCAGUAGUUCAGUCUUAUUUUUCAAAAGUUUAAGACCUAUAACCUUCUUCUAAAAAAUGGAUCCUGCUACUAUUGCAAAUAUUUUUGGAAAAGUCUCGUCAACUGGCACUAAUAUAUUCCAUGAAAUUGCUGCUGAAGGCUCUAUUAUACUUUUGGAACGAGUAAGUAAGUUUAUGACGUCCUCAAACAAGUUUCUUCUGCAAGAAAGAAACUACAGUGGACAGCAAUGUGUUCAUAUUGUCGCCUACCUCCAUACAGGGCAACUUGCAAUAGAUCUGAUGGAAAAACUUUUGAGUUUGGGCGCUAAUAUCAAUGCUAAGAAUCGAACUGGUAAUUCGGUUCUUCAUCAAGCCGUUUAUAGUGAAAACUACGACCUUGUUACGUGGAUAUGUAAACACCCUGCGAUAGACUUGAAUGCUGUUAACCGCACUGGGAUGACAGCUUAUCACAUAGCGUAUGAUAAGAAUGAUAAAAAAAUUAUGAGUAUUCUUAGAAGCUUUGGGGCCAAUACUAAAAUUUCUAAAGUGUAUUGUAGUGAUGAUAGUGAUUAAGUAUUGUACCUCUUGUGUCAGUUAUAGAUCUAAGUGUUUGGUGAUUGUAAAGAAAAUUAGUUGUAAGUAUAAAUUUGAUUCUGUAUGCUUUUAAAUCUUCUACUGUACUUGUUAUUUCAAUAAUAAAGUUAUUACUUUAACUAAGACUAUUAAUUUGACUUCUAAAAGCUUGUUUAAUAGCUUAGGUCUUUGAAAAAAUAGAAAUAGGGUUACAUAUCAAAUCCUUAAUUUUAUUGGACGUUUUAAAAUUUUUUUACAAAUUCCUUACAUAACUUUGGUAUCUUUGGUUUACUCAUAAAUUACAAUCUCACUAUUAGAAAUCAUAUAAAUCUUAUACUAACUUAUCUAUGACUAAAUUUAUUCUAAAAAGAACUUAAUACUAUAA